AUGUUGUCGCGAGUGAGUGUCGUAGCAUCACUUGCUGCCAGAAGCGGGCACUUCACACGUCAAUCUUGUGUAGCGUCAAGGCGCUAUCUUUCAGACAAGCCUCAGCAUGAUCCUCUGCGGGUCCUGUUCUGCGGCGCUGACGAGUUUAGCAUAUAUUCUCUGAAGGCACUGAACAAGAUCAGAGAAGAAAAUCCUGAAAAGGUUGCUUCCAUUGAUGUCGUGUGUAGAAAAGACAAGCGUGUUGGCAGAGGACUGAAGCAGAUUCGUGAAGUACCAAUCAAAAGUGUAGCUGCUACUGAGUUGGGCCUCAAUGUACAUCAGAUAGACACGUUCACUGGUUGGACGCCUCCUCAAACCGAUGGUCAACCUUUCAACAUGGUGGUCGCAGUUUCCUUUGGCUUGCUUGUUCCACCGCGCAUUCUGAACGCUGCAAAGUAUGGCGGUCUCAACGUUCACCCCUCGAUGCUUCCCGACCUACCUGGUCCAGCACCUCUACAUCACACACUACUACGGCGAUUGAGCAAAACUGGAGUCACUCUACAAACGCUACAUCCCAAGCAUUUCGACCAGGGUAGAAUCAUUGACCAGACUCCUUCUUCCGGCUUAUCCAUACCAGAUGAAGCGACGGCUACCCUAGACUCGGUUCUUGGCUGGAUCGGUCCUCUCGGCGCUGACAUGCUCUACAAUAACAUCAUGAACGGCAACUUCGCUACCGACACCAGCAUCACGCCCUCAGCGAGCCGAAGUCUUAAGAACACAAAGAACGAUCUGUUUGGACAAAUGGACGGGUCCGCCGAGUACCCUCGUCAUGCCCGGAAGAUCAUACCAGAAGACCGUCAUGUCAACUUCCGCUGGCCUUCCUCCGAGAUCCUACUCAGGAAUCGCGUGCUUGGCCGAUUAUUCGCUUUGGAUACAGGCCUCGCACCCACGAAGCGAAUCACAUUUCAUGGAUUUGAAGACACGACCGAUGCUUGCUGGGAACAGGUUCAAGCGAAGGGUCCCAUCAUCAGGAUUGGCAACCAUCCUCUUGACCCUGGCGCCAUUUCGGCCUUCAAGCAUGAUAAAGAGAAGCGCAUCUACUUCCGUACCAAGGAUGGCUGGGUCAGUCCGACAGAAGUCACGCUCGAGGGAAGCCCCAAGCAGAAGGCGAGUGUCAUCUACGAAAAGCUGAGACAAACGAUGCCUGUGACAUGUUGCUAG